GUCCAAAAUCUGGCGGCAGAGGGUCAACAAAAGAAGAUUCCAUUCCACGUGAAGAAUCGUAAAUACUCCCCUUCUCCUUCCAUGCCUAGAUUAUAUCUCUAUUCCUCCCAAAAUCUCGAGUCUUAGAAAGAAAUCUCCGUGUCCUGUGGACUGAGGCCUCUUUCACAUUCAACACUGUCGAAAGCGUAAACGAAGAGGUAGCUUCACUGCAGGCGAGGGCGAUGGUUAUUCAGUAUGGAGAAUAUGGAAAUUAAUGGUGGUAAUCCUUGUUCCAAUGAAAAGUUGCCCUCAGAGGGUUCGAAGAAUGUUAAUGAGGAAAGAAAUUCCAUCGAGAAAGAAGUUUGUGAUUCUGUCUUUAUCAACCAUGCUGAGAUAGCUUGGCAUCAAAGAAGAAAAGAGUGGGUUGGUGAUGAAUCCCAGAAGCCAAAGAGAGUGCAUAAAGAACCAGUUAUGAGCUGGACCACAACCUAUGAGGACCUGCUCUUAUCCACUGAUCGUUUUCAUCAGCCAAUCCCAUUAGCUCAGAAGUGCUCACGCUCUUGAGGAUCAGAUAGGACAACAACAGAAAGAGCAAGCAGUACUGGGACAGCUCAGUCAUUAAUAUCAAUUUGAAUGGUGGAGCUGAGAGCAUCAAUUUAGAUGUGCUGUCAAACUUUGACAGAGUUUGAAUGUUCAAUCUCUAUCCUCUUGCCCCCUUGGAGAUAAGUGCUGUGAAACUUAAGGUAUCCCUCUAUGGGUGGAUUUGAUUUUAUUAUCCUGGGGCAAUUUGAUGGCUCUGUGUCUCCUUCAUGAGUGGUUCGCAUGAUGUGGAAAAGGUUUCUUUUGGAAAACCCAUCAUCAUUAUGCCUCUUAGAAUCAUGCAAAUCCUUCAAGCAAGGACUCCAGAUUCAUGCUCAAACCAUUGUUAAUGGUCUCCACCACCAAAUCUUCUCCAUAAGCAGACUCAUUUCGUUCUUUUCCCUUUUGGGUUCCAAAGAUGGUCUCGAUCAUUCUCGCCUUCUUUUCUCACAAAUUGAUUGUCCAAAUUUGUUCAUGUGGAAUACCAUGAUCCGGGGCUACUCACGCAGUGAUAACCCUCGAGAAGCAAUUGUCCUGUACAUGUCUAUGAUAGCUAAAGGUAUUGCACCACCCAAUAAUUUCACCUUCCCAUUCCUACUCAAUUCUUGUGCAAGGUUGUCCAGCCUAGAGCCAGGGCACGAGGUUCAUUCUCACAUAAUAAAACAUGGUUUUGAAUCAGAUCUAUUCGUUAGGAAUGCCCUAAUUCAUCUUUAUUCUGUUUUUGGAAAUUUAAACCUUGCACGCACUCUAUUUGAUGAAAGCCUUGUUAGAGAUCUUGUUUCAUACAAUACCAUGAUAAAAGGGUAUGCCGAAGUAAAUCAA